ACCGAAAUCAGAAUGUUAUGUUUUGCUUAUGGAUAAGCAGCUGUUUGAGGCACACCAACCGCUGGGCCGAGUAAAUCUGAACAAAGAACUCUGCGGAAUAUUUACAGAUAAAUCCCCAAAGACUCCUGUCACAUUGUCAAAUGUGCAAGUGCUGCGUGCAGUGACCGACGUCGUUGUGUUUUUAAUACUUCAGGACAGUGUUGUGAACAACGCUUUGUUGACGCAUUGCAUCUGUUCCUCUUACUCGUCGAUGACUAUAGCUCGUUUCUGGACUUAAAAUUAUUAGUGUUGGGAUAUAUAACUCUGGAAUGAUAACGGCACGAUUCAAAUUCUUCCUAUAUCGUAUGUCCAUUAUAUUAAACAAGUAAAUACGGAUUUCAAAGCAAUGUAGUUUGAUUCUCCAAAUUGUUAUGAACAUUAACAUUUUUGGGAUGAACAGUUUUCCUCUUUUGAAGACAUUUUCUUUUUAUAUUGUGGACAACUUGUAAUGUAGCUGAUGUGUGUAUUUUUUUGACCCUGGAACCUGAUCAGAGUCAGGUCACCGUGGUGUGCUGUGAUAGAAGGACCAUUUUAAGUGUUUUUUGUUUUCCGUUGAACUUUUUAAUUUCAAAGCUGGAGGGGAUCACUUUAAGAUUCCGCACUAGUAAUACUAGUAACCCGAAAACUGGAGAUAUCUACAGUAUCGAGAUGGUGAAGACUUUCCAAGCCUACUUACCCAACUGCCAUCGGACUUACAGCUGUAUACACUGCCGGGCGCAUCUGGCAAAUCAUGAUGAACUAAUAUCAAAGUCAUUCCAAGGGAGUCAAGGACGUGCAUACCUAUUCAAUUCCGUAGUGAAUGUUGGUUGUGGACCAGCUGAAGAAAGGGUGCUCUUGACUGGACUUCAUGCUGUCGCAGAUAUUUACUGUGAAUGCUGCAAGACAACUCUUGGGUGGAAAUAUGAACAUGCCUUUGAAUCCAGCCAAAAAUAUAAGGAAGGGAAGUUUAUCAUUGAGCUCGCUCAUAUGAUAAAAGAGAAUGGCUGGGAUUGAGUGUGGAGGGUGCUCACUGCCUGAACUGUGCAGGCGCCGUUUCUGCAGUGAGCAGAACCCGCAGGAGAGUGCUCAUCCCUCAUCGCAGUCAAGCAGGAAAGCCUACCUGUGUCAUGAUCGCUCCCACUCUUGGUGUUUCGCAUCCGCCACUGCGCUUGUUUGUGGCUCAUCCAUUCUUUCACAUAACAUUGCAUUAACUCAAAACCUUUACAGAGUGUCUACCGAUGAUAAAAACUAGAUUUAAUAAGUUCUUGAUUCAUUCCCAUUUUUAUUUCCCCAUCUCAGUUUUUGAAGAAACUUGAUUUUUGUACCCGGUGUUUUACUUUGUCUGUUAGCCGAUUUCCGUUAUGUUUUUAUUUAAAAUUUUUAGUUUUUGUUAGUUAUUUUUAGCAUGGACUAUUUUUGAUUAAAACAUGUAUGUAUUUCUGAGUAGUCAUCUAAAUUUGUUGCUUCUUUUGACCAGAUUUUGAUUAUAGCUCAUAGAUUUCAGAUUUAAAUCUUAUGUUGAUAUCUUGCUUAAUGUCUAUGCUUUAUUUCUUGUUAAAGUUAAAUAUUUUUUAAGUAAAGAAAAUGAAUAUGUAAUCAUAUUAUUGGGUUUAAUUUACUUUUGUUUAAUUUGGUAGACACCCUGUAUUAUACUUAUCUUAAAUAUAGGAAUAAACCAUGAGAAAAAAAAAUAAUUUAGACCAUACUUAAAACAAAUUUUGCCUCCUUGUGUUCUGUUAACAUUUUAAGGAAAUUCUUACUUGUUUUAUCUGCUCUAGUAAUGCUUUGGUGUAGGCUCUUGAAGCCUGGUUAUUGCAGUGUUAGUGUUCUCAUCCAUUUGUCAUCUUGUAUUGUAAAGUGGAGAUUGUUUUGUGGGUAAUUGUUUGUGCUAUGGGAUUUCCCAAAGUGGAUAUCCUUUCUUGUUUUUAGAUGACUUGUGUUACAGGUAGGAAUAUGAAUAGCUUGGCACUUAUACAUGCUGUACAAAUCAUCACUUGACUGCACUUCACGACCAUUUGUUCAUAAUUUGUACAUAAAAACUUUUUUAAUGUUUAUUUUUUUUCCUCCUUCAUAUUGCCAUAGUUUUUUUUUCUAGCAUUUAUGUUGGCCACUCUCCUGAGUUGUAUAAAAUAUUUUUUUAAAUAUAAUUCCUAUCCACCCUCAUUUAAGUUUUUAAAGUUGUUUGUUGCCAGUCUUUCCUUCUUUUUGUAAUGGCUGCUGUAAAAAUAAGAAUACGAACAGAAAAAUUUAUGUCAACGUCACAUUCACACGUGCUAUUACUAUAGCUGAUCUUCAGUUGACUAAAGAAAAUAUGCAUAGUUUUGUAGCAAAGAAACUGAAAGAGAUAAGAAUUUUAUUUUUUAUUCACAUAUUGAAUUAAUGAUUGCAUUGUUGAAGCUCCCUGUAAAGUUGAAGCUUUCGAAGGGUAUAAUGGAUAAAGGUGCUAUGGAAAAUUGAAAUCAAAUGUAUUUGAAGUGUAUUGAAUGAUUUAUUCCAAAAGAUAAUUGUAUUUGUUGUGCAUUGUAAAGUUUUCAAGCUGUACUGUAUUGUGGUGUGAAAUUUUAAAACAUAACACCCUCAUCUACUAUUAACCUUCAAUAAAAUAAUGUUUAAAUUGUUGAAAAGUGUAUUGAAGAAAUGGUGCAAUAACUUUUAGUCUGUUUUUCUCCUUAUUAUCAUACAUCAUUAUUUCACAGAAAUUAAACAUUGCUAAACUUCAAAUUUUGUGGUAACUGGAAAGUUUGACAUUUUUGAUACAUUCUAAAAAUAGUAGAUUAAAAAUUCUCACUAGUCAUUUUGUUAAAUUUUGCAAUAAAAAUUAUUUACCAUUUUAUAAAGAACUUUUUAAAUUUAUGUCCUCUCAGCGAAUAAAUCUUGUCCUGACUUGUUAUUUUGAUGUUGGCUGUAUUUAAAAGUGAGAUUUUAAUAUGAUAGCUUAAAUUGUAAAUUGUUUUAAUCUAUAACUCCCCAUAACAGUGGCAGCUACUUUUGAAAAUAAAAGUACUUAUUUUUUUAUCUGAUUGUUGGCUUUAUUUUUAUUUGAGACUAAUUUGUAUUUUAAGUUUACUUAAAAGAAGUGAUGAUAGGAAUGAAUAUUCAAUUUCAUUUUAUUUAUCUCUCAAAUUUCUUAGAAUGGCCAAAUUCUAAAAUGUUCAAGAUUUACAAUUUUAGAAUUUGAGAGAAACCUGAAAUGAAAUGAAGUUUUCAUUAUUAAUUUUUGUCCAUCAUUACAUUUGAAUAUAAUAUGAAAAAUUAAUGUUGAAAAUUUCUCCAUUUCGUACUCAAAAUGCUAUUAUGUUGUAUUGAAAGUUUUUUGAAUGAGUGAAGUUGAGUGGACUGAAAAUGUUGAAACCCAUCCAUUAAAUAAUUCAUGGAAGGAGAAAAAAAAACAUUUAAAUGUUUACUUUUAAAUAUAUUAAUGAUAUUUUGAUGAUUUCUCUGGUGAAUCAAUUACUUUUAUUAUAUUUUUUGUUAAUAUUUAAUGCACAAUAAUAAAUUUUUUUAAAAAAAUUACUUUACGAAUUAAAAAAAUUCUAUAAAAAAAGUUCAUUGAAAACUAGUUUUAACAUUGUUAGCUUAUGAAUUCAGUAUGUAUUAUUAUAAUGUCCGUCAUAUGAUGCUUUAGGAAUUUUUUUUAUUGUGUUGAAUCUUUGUUAUUUUUUUAACUACCAAAGAUUUUGUUGUAUUUUAAAUUAAUUCAAUAGUCUGCUUAUUUUAAUAUUAAAAAACUUAUGUUUAACCAAAUAUUUGUUAAAUAAAUUUAUGGAUAUUCUAUGUUAUCUAGAAUAAAAAAUUUUUAAUAUAAGAUAAUAAUUUUUUAAAGGGAAAAAAUUGUGUUAAAAUAUUAACAAAGGAGAUAAAGUUCAAUUUUUUUUUUCUUUACAAAUUUCUUUCAAUAAGCACCGAAUGAAUUUCUGAAGUAAUCCUAUCCUUUUAUUUUGUUUAGUGGUGCAUUUUAUUGCGGUUUUAAAAAAUUGGUCUUAAUUGAAAUACAUUAGAAUUUAUAUAACUUUAUAUAUUAUUGAUUUAUUAAAUUAGCAUUCCACUGCAUGUGAUAACACAGAUGACUUAUAAUUACAUUAUGUGAAUUACUGAAAUACCAAAACGAAAAUUAUUAAUUGUAGUACUAUCCUAAAUUUUUUUAAUUUUUAACGCUUUUUUCCAUAUACAGUCUGAAAUUUGUGUCUUAAUUAUUAGCUUACUUUUCAGGGAUUUGAAAUCAUAAUUAUCUUUUCUGUUCACAUUCUUCAAGUUCUAAUUAGUUAAAAAAUUUCGAUUACAAAUUUCUCUAGUUAAGUGGGAAUUAUUUUUGCUUUUUGCUAUAUAUUUAAAAUGUCAAGUGGAAAUAAUGAUUAUUCUUGCUUGUCUGCAUACUAAAUUAACUCUGCUGGGUGGUUGUAUGAAGCAUUUCUGGGGACUUUAAGAAGAUUAACAUUAUGAAAGAUAAAGUUGUGAAUCUACUUUAUUUGCCUUUUUUGUAUAAUGUUGUAGGCUUUAUUUAUUAAUGAAAACUGCAGGCAGUUUUGUUUCAAUUAGAAUUAAUUGAAAUUUAAAUAUCUUGAGUAUUUCUAUGUUAUGGUUUGAUGAUAAUAUAACAUUUUAAUUUUUCCAAAAAUUCAUGCACUGAAAACUGGUAAAAAGGUUUUUGAAACAGACUGAAAAUGAAAUUUUGUGAGUUAUUGCACCAUUGUCUUCCAUAUUUGUAAAAAAUGCAAACAAAAAAAAUGUUUGAAAAAAUGUAAUUAUCUUGUACAGAACACAGCCUAUCUUUUAUCCUAACAAACUAGUGAACCCCUUCAACAGAAAGUGAGAAAGUGUGUAUAUAUAAUUAUUCACUAUAUAUAUAUAUGUAAAAAAAUAAAAAAAAAAAUCUGUAACUCUAUAUAUACAUAUAUCAAAAUCAGGGAAGAAAAUAGACUAGAGCAUUUGCCCAGGUACUGAUGGACAGGAUAUGUAUAAUAUUAAAAUAACAAGCAAAAAGUGUAUAUUAAGUACUAACCGCUGUAAGUCACUUGGCAGAAUCCUUGCUUUGGGCUAUGUGCUUUCUAAUUUCUUCUCUGAUCAAAUUAUUAAUGAAUAACUCAGUGUUACCCGUGAUAUAUGUUGGGGGGGAUUUAACAUGAAUUUUUUUAAUUCUUAAGAGAAGAAGAAAAAACUUAUUUAUUAGUUCCUGACGCAAGUGACAACCACUUCUGUCAAAAGACAUCGUCCCCCAAAUGGAUGAUGGAAUCUAUAUUUUUGGUAUAAACUCUUGGUUCGAUCCUGAAGCAAAACCGUGAUAGCACUUUUUUUUUUGGUCCAGGAGUUGCUCUGUGUAUUGUUUUUAUUUAUUACCCUUAGGUGUGUGAAUUGCUUACUCAUGGACAAGUGUUGUCUGUCUUCCUUUAUUUAAACAAAUAAAAGCCAUUUUGCUUUCG